UGCUGUGAUUGGACGAGGGCUCGAGAGCGCGAAAGUCCCUUCGCUAGAGAUUAGUAUGGAGUAUUCUGAGAGAAAAACGCAGAUUUUCCUCGGUGUAAUAGUCGAAGUGAAAACACGUCUUCGUGAAUUUAGACUCGGGUCAUUUUAUGUGCAGGUUUCUCUCGCGGGGUUUUUCUCUGCUAAGAACUUUAGUCGGCGCGUAAAACCGGAACGAUGGCUACAAACAAACAUGGCGGACAGUGUUAGCCGUUAGCAUGUCAGUAAAAGGAAGAAGAGGAGCUGAAACUCACAGAUCAGAAUAAAAGCCUGAACGACGUUAACAGGUGUUGUGGAGGAGAUCAUUGUUGGUCAUGUGACAUGCUGGAGAUGGAUCAGUGGUCCACCCGCCCUGGUUCUGAUAACAGUGACUACAUGCUGAUGUCAGCAGAAAUUGUUCAGGACUGACGGUCCCUCUCAAACGGACGACAUCGGCUGGACUCGACACAGGAGUGCAGCGGCUGCAGAGUGAAGCCCCGCCCCCCAGAGGAUGGGUACGGCAGAAGCCACUUUACGCAUGGACAGCAUGGAGGUGAAGGAUGAGUGGCAGGACGAGGACUUCCCCAGACCUCUGCCUGAGGACGGAGACGUGGAUUCCUGCGGCCUGACCGACAACAGAAUCCAUCACCCCACAUCUCUGGACGUCGGGGAGUCGGUGACCCAGAGGAAGCGCCGCACCCUGGUGGCCCCUGACAUGAACCUGUCCCUGGACCACAGCGAGGGCUCGCUGCUGUCCGACGACCUGCUGGAAACGCCGGACGACCUGGACAUCAACGUGGACGACAUCGAGACGCCCGACGAGACCGACUCGCUGGAGUUCAUGAACAACGGCAACGAGCUGGAGUGGGAAGAUGACACUCCUGUGGCGUCCGCCAAGCGCCUCCCAGGCGAGGGCGAGGAGGAGAGAGACUCGUCCGGCCGUCUGUGGCGGACGGUGAUCAUCGGCGACCAGGAGCAGCGGAUCGACAUGCAGGUCAUCCGGCCGUACCUGCGCGUGGUCACGCAUGGAGGUUAUUACGGCGAGGGUUUGAACGCCAUCAUCGUCUUUGCCGCCUGCUACCUGCCCGACAGCAGCUGUGACGACUACACCUACAUCAUGGAGAACCUGUUCCUGUACGUGGUGAGCAGUCUGGAGCUGCUGGUGGCUGAAGACUACAUGAUCAUUUACCUGAACGGAGCCACGCCUCGCCGGAAGAUGCCGGGCAUCAGCUGGCUGAAGAGAUGCUACCAGAUGAUCGACAGGAAACUGAGGAAGAACCUGAAGUGUCUCAUCAUCGCACACCCCACCUGGUUCAUCCGGACCGUGCUGGCCAUCUCCAGACCUUUCAUCAGUGUGAAGUUCCUGGAUAAGAUCAGAUAUGUUCACACCCUGACAGAACUCAGCCAGAUAAUCCCCAUGGAGCACGUGCAGAUCCCCGACUGUGUGCUGCAGUAUGAUGAGGAAAAGAUCAAAGCACAGAGAGAACGAUUUGAGGCGGAGCAGCAGAACGGAAACCCCGCCCCCUCCAAAGACAGGCCGAGGUCGACGUUGGCUGAAGUUUGUCGAGACAUUUGACGUGAAGUGUGGAGGAUCAUCAACCAGCACCCCGACUUCCUGCAGACGCUGCCGUUCAUCGUCAGAUCCACGCUCCGCCGGCUGCACGCCAGAGCCGACCACGCUGCAUGACCCCCGAGAACUCCCGCACAAACCCCCCCAGACGUCUGCAGACGAGCGGCGGGAAAACUCAUUCUGAUGCAAAGAUGUUUGAUUCCAUGUUCCCCUCAGCUGAAUAUGCAGGUGGCAUGCUUGUCCCCCCAGUAUUUGUAUUUUUGUCUGUUUUAAAGUAAUUUUUCAAAAUAAAAGCAUUUGUUGUUACUUGUGAACUUUCAGAGAGACUUUAAUGGUUCCUAAUGAGACGUGCCAUUUAAUGUUUGUAAAAAAAGAAUAAAGAAUCAAAGUUAACUUGA